AUGGCAUCUUCACUCCUCGUUGGAGUAUCCCUGGCAGUAGCGGGAGUCUCCGCGGCGGGACAGAUUCUGGCACCAACCCAAGAUAUCAACUUUCCCGCGAGCGAGACGGCAACAGAUCCGCUCAAGUGGCUUGGAGCCAAUGGCCCAUGGUAUGCCGGACCAGAUGUGAACGGGAUAUCUUCCGAAGUCCCAGAGAAUUGCUACGUCGACCAGGCAGCGUACAUUCUUCGUCAUGGCUCGAGAUAUCCCGACUCGGGCGCCUACAGUGGCUGGGUCUCCAUGCAGGAGCGAUUUACCGCUGGAAAUUAUACAGCUGGCGGUAGUCUCUCAUUUCUGCCUACAUGGAAGACGGUCUUGACAAACCCAGCACUCCAGAUAGCCAUGCUGAACCCAACAGGAUCGAAGGAGGUUCAUGACCUUGGCUAUACCUUGCGAACCAGAUACCCUGAUCUAUACCAAGACGGAGAUGAAUUUUUGGUAUGGGCCAACAACUACACACGAGUGCUACAAACCGCAAAGACGUUUGUCCAGGGAUACUUGGGCUUCAAUGCCGCGGCCAACGGCAGUGUCAUAUCCGUAACCAGCAAAGGCUUCUCGGGAGCGAUUGGUAACUCUCUCGCUCCCUCUGAUAUGUGCCCAAACUUUGUGGAUGCUUCGGGAGGGACCAACAAGACCACCUGGGACGACCUCUACAUCCCUCCUAUUCAGGAACGACUCCAGGCCUUGAUCCAGGGGAACCUGACCCUGACGGCCAGUGACAUUGACCAAAUACCAUACCUGUGUGGCUUUGAAAGCCACAUUACCGGGAGACUAUCGCCGUGGUGUGAUGUGCUCACAGACGAGGAGCUGAAGCAGUACGAGUACUCCAACGAUCUUCGUUACUACUAUGGUGUAGGUCCUGGAACCGAUUUGCCCAAGAAGAUGAUGACGCCGUACCUCAAUGCGCUGGUUGGUCUCUUUGCGCAGGGUCCCAACAUUACCGGCAUUGGAGCUGAUGGCUCCGACUUCAAGGUGCCAAAUCUGCUCAUGUCCUUCCUAAACGACGGACAACUUACCGAGCUGGUCACAGCCAGUGGCGUCUUUGAUGCGCAAGAACCCCUCUCUGCGACAGAAAAGGACGACGAGAGACUCUGGGUUGGUUCGCGCUACGUGAGCAUGAGAGGCACAAUUGCAUUUGAGCGACUGAACUGCAUUGUAGCAGCAGGCAGUGGCAGUGGCAGUGGCAGUCCUGGCAACACUUCCGCUUCUUACAGUGUGAGCGCAUAUCAGAAUGCCACGACAUUGUCUUCCAAGACAAAGGACGCCUGCAAAGCCAAAACCGCUACUGCCUCGUCGUUCCCUGCACUCAUUACUGCCGCGCCGUCCCAUGGUUCACUGUCUUCCCGCCAGGAGACGACCAAUGCGACAUAUGUGCGUAUACGAUUGAAUGAUGCGGUCUAUCCAGUACCUUCCUGUCGUGAUGGACCCGGAUCCUCUUGUUUGUUGAGUGAAUACGUGAAGUAUGUUGCCGACAAGUACGAAGCAGAGGGCGAUUGGCUUGUCAACUGUAAUGUUACGGAUGAUGCUGCACCUACAGAGGUUCAGGGCGCCAGUUUCUUUACAGAUCUGAGUAGUCCUUGGUUGCAGAGCGUCCCACCAUAUUAA